AUGUCCACCAUCACCCCACCCCCAGUCACCCUCGAAGAUCUCCACGCCUUCCAGGCAAAACAUUUCCCGGGGAGCGUCCCAUCCCCCGCGUACCAGGAGCAGCCCCUAGAAGAAGAGCAACAAGAAGAAUACUACGAAGAAGAUGAUGAUCUGGGCUACUAUCCCGACGGGGCGAAGCGAACCCUCACGGACGAACAGAUCCGGAUUUUCAGACACAGCGAGGUCCAUGCUCUACUGAGGGAGAAGCAGCUGCGGGAGGAGGCGGAGGCGGAGGCGGAGGAAGAAAGGGAACAAGCACGGCUGGAUGCAGCGGCAAAAUUGGAGAAACAUUCUAGUGCAGCUGCAGAGGGCAAGACUACGACUUUGGCGGCAGUGGCAUCGAGUGGUGUCGGCGGUACCCAGGCUCGGUCUUUGAAGCAGACCCGCUCGGAGGAAGAUACUGCCAUGAAUUAUGGAGAUGAGGAUGUCUCUGUCGCUGCUCCCUCGCGAUCUUACGAGGAGUCUUCCUCUCGACGCCCUUCGCAGUUUGCGGGACGGAGGAUAAUCUCGUAUGAGGAUUGA